ACGGCGCGGUGCUGGUGGCGGUGCUGGUGGCGUCAGCCCCGUGGCUCGGUGCUUGCAAGGAAUCACGGCCACCUGGCCUGGCACCUGGUCAGGGCAUGCAUCUGGGUGGGCAGCAUGCAGGAGUUACGCUCCCCUUCCCUGAACACGUUCAGAAUGCUUCUCGUUCUUUUUUCCAUCUCUUCUAAAGCUCACUGAAGUUUUAUGAGAUGUUGCUGCGAUUGUAACCGGUGGUUUUAGGCAGUGUGUGCACAGCCAGAUCGUCCCACGGGGCACCACUCUCCUUGCGUGUGGGAUACAACCCCUGGUUAUGCCAUACCAGCCCUGUGAUGAAAAAUACAGUGCCUUUCCACCAAAACUCAUCCCAUUAUGGCCUGUGUUGCUCCCUUUACUUUGGUAAAUGUACAGCUUUCCCACGUAAAUUGCAACAACUCCAGGGUUAUUUUUGUUGGUGGUGCUGUGGUAUAUUCCUACAAGAAAGUGUUUUUAGGGUAGAUGUAGUCCAAGUGAGCUGUUUGCAGGGGGAUGACAUGAAUGGAAAGUGCUACCCGAGGUUGCGUUUAUGUAACCUUAUUUAAAAUUGAAUUUGCACAGAAAAAGACUGGCUCUCAUAGUAAUUGAUCUGUCUCCUCCAGAAGGCAGUGAGCUAAGCAUGUGUGUUGGAUGUCAAGAUGAGAGUGGAAAUCCUGAGGGUUUCCUUGUGGCUUUAAACUGUUGUGCAGGAGGCUGCAUGCUGCAUUAUCAUGGCUAUCCAAAUACUUCACGUGCUUUGAGUACAUCUGAGUGUUCUGUUUUAGAUAAGAGUUUUUAAUCAUAAAACCUUUUGUGUGGUUAUUUUGUUUAAACUUCAGUCUCUUAGAGGCGAGCAAUUGCAUGUCAGGGUGCUUUUUUUCUUUGUAAUCUUAUUAAUAUCGUAUGAGGUAGGGCCCAGUGCCGGAAGGAGAUUGUUCAGUUGCUGGACCCUUUAGUGUGGACUUGUUUAGAGAAUCAGUGUCGUAAUGUGGCUUCCUAGAAGUCCUUUUGUUUUUAUUAAGGAAUUACAGAAUGAGGGUGUGAUUCCUACUUUCCAUUCAUGUAAACCUGGUUAGCUUCAGCUAGGGAUGCUGCUCCAAGAUCAUUCUUACCAAAGAGUCUUUUUAGUCCUAUUCCUCCCCGCAAAGUGUGUUUGUGCAUCGCCGAGGCUGCAGUUUGUGUGCCAGAAGCUUUGAGUGCAGCGAGCCACCGAACAGGAUGGGAUGUCCCUUCCCAAGCCCACUUCUGGAGGGGAGUUUGGGGCCGUGUCACUGCUCUCUCGGCUCUCCUGACUCUGCUGCUGAGCUCCUGUCUCGUGUGGGCCUCUGUGUGCACGGACGGCGUCAGGGCCGGUUCUUAAAGUGUGUUGCAUCCAGAGGAACCUGGAGGCUGGUUCACAUCGUCUUGCAUCGCCCAGGUUUGUGCCGUUUGAGGCCUCCUGCUGAAGCUGUUAGGCUGUGCUCAGCCUGGGUAUAACCCUGUUACCUUAUCAGAUGCAGACUUUGGAGGUUGCGGUCGUGAGAUACUGGCAGGAGUAAUCAUGUCCACAACUGAGAGGAGGAAUCUAGCAAGUUCAUGUUGAGGUGUAUUCUCAAGUCAAGAUACAGCAGUGGCUCGUAUGCUUCUCUGGAUAACAUAAUCCAUGGAUAAAGUGGGAAAGAUGUGGAACAAUUUCAAAUACAGGUGCCAGAACCUCUUUGGUCAUGAAGGUGGAAGCCAAAAUGAAAAUGUGGUUGUGAACUCCAGUAGUUGCUCAUCUGCUAAAGACAAAGCUAUCCAGAUAACUGGUGUGGCCCAACAGCAACCCAGCAGCCCUUUGAGAGAAAACAUUGCUUUGCAACUAGGUUUAAGUCCUUCCAAGAAUUCGGCAAGGCGGAACCAAAACUGUGUCACAGAAAUUCCUCAGAUUGUUGAAAUAAGCAUUGAGAAAGAGAACGACUCAUGUAUCACCACGGGAGCGAGGCUUGCUCGAAGGGACUCUUAUUCUCGGCAUGCUCCUUGGGGUGGGAAGAAGAAACAUUCCUGCUCUACCAAAACCCAGAGCUCCUUGGAUACUGAAAAAAGAUUUGGUAGAACGCGAAGUGGUUUGCAGAGGCGGGAGAGAAGGUACGGGGUGAGUUCUGUCCAUGAUAUGGAUGCAGUAUCAAACAGGACAGUGGGCAGCCGUUCUCUGCGACAGCGUCUCCAGGAUACUGUUGGGCUGUGUUUUCCCAUGAGAACUUACAGCAAACAGUCCAAACCUCUGUUUUCUAACAAAAGAAAGAUCCAUCUCUCUGAACUGAUGCUUGAGAAAUGCCCUUUUCCUGCAGGCUCUGAUCUGGCUCAGAAGUGGCACCUGAUUAAACAGCACACAGCUCCUGUGAGUCCACAUUCAACCUUUUUUGAUACAUUUGAUCCUUCCUUGGUCUCCACGGAAGACGAAGAAGACCGGCUGCGAGAGAGACGCAGACUCAGUAUUGAAGAAGGGGUUGAUCCCCCUCCCAAUGCCCAAAUACAUACUUUUGAAGCUACAGCACAGGUUAAUCCAUUGUAUAAACUGGGACCAAAGCUAGCCCCCGGUAUGACUGAGCUGACCGGGGACAAAAAUCUAACCCCUCCAGGAAACUGUGACUCUGAAGAGGACACAACAACGCUCUGUCUGCAGUCACGCAGGCAGAAGCAGCGUCAGAUCUCUGGAGAGAGCCACGGCCACAUCAGCAGGCAGGGGGCUUGGAAGGUGCACACUCAGAUUGACUACAUCCAUUGCCUUGUGCCAGACUUACUUCAGAUCACAGGUAACCCCUGCUACUGGGGCGUGAUGGACCGCUACGAAGCAGAAGCACUUCUGGAGGGUAAACCCGAAGGCACUUUUUUGCUCAGGGAUUCUGCGCAAGAGGACUACCUCUUCUCUGUGAGCUUCCGUCGAUAUAACCGAUCGCUACAUGCACGCAUUGAGCAGUGGAAUCACAAUUUCAGUUUUGAUGCCCACGAUCCCUGUGUGUUUCACUCCUCCACUGUUACAGGGCUUCUGGAACACUACAAAGACCCUAGCUCUUGCAUGUUCUUUGAACCAUUGCUUACCGUGUCCCUGAACAGGACCUUCCCCUUUAGUCUGCAGUAUAUCUGCCGGGCAGUAAUCUGCAGGUGCACUACAUACGAUGGAAUUGAUGACCUUCCUCUACCUUCAAUGUUGCAAGACUUUCUAAAGGAGUAUCACUAUAAGCAAAAAGUCAGGGUGCGAUGGCUGGAGCGGGAACCUAUAAAAACAAAGUAAACGGAAAUCAGAAUCCCCAAUAAGCUUACAGAAUAUGCUUUUUGUGUGUUACAGUUUAACUGCAGCGAACGCACCAACAACGUCUAGCUUUUUUGCAAUAUCCUAUUUAAGCUGAGUGUUAGUAUCCUGUCAGAUGCUGCCUGCUGUUAAUCAAACUAAGUUGUGAUGCCUCUUGGAAACAAUAAGCAGACAAUUCUGCACGUUUUUCAUUAAGGCCUAAUGAAAAUAUUUUUGCUAAUUCCUGAAUAUUCUGUUUUUAUAGCUGUAGUAAUUGGAUGAAGAAACUAUGAGGCAUUUUCCGUGGGGCAUUCAUGUGAUGCUGAUAAAGAAAGACUUUAUUGGAGGAGCAUUUUUGCUAAUAUUUGAAGUAUUUUUUUAAAAUACCUUCUUGAAAACUUUUCACUUCUCAAAGUACUAAUUUAGCUCGCGGAUAAUUUUGCAGAUAGUAGUGAAUAUUUUCUUUUAAUCAAGAGCAGUUCACUAGAAGCAGGGAUGGCCUGCAGUCCAUAAAGAGUUAACGGCCUUUUGAUGCUAGCAGAUGAAUCAUGCUUUUCUCAGUGUAUAGGGUUUCCUAAUCGUUAAGACUUGAAUAUGCCUGCUCAGUACUGUAAUUCUAUUUUAAACACUUGGAGAUUUAAGUGGCAUUGUUAGCAAAGGUAAUACUGUCUUGGACAGUUAAAUACCUUCCGGCGUGAAUUAUCAAUUUGGUGGCAGGGCACAGAAUUAGAUUACUGCCAUGAAAGAAAAGUUUGUGUUUUUCUAAAGCAGAAUUUGGUGGCCUGACUACUCGUCAUUUACAAUGGAAGGUAAUAGUGAAGAGAAGCAAUGUUUUUUAUUUAAAGUGUCUGAUAUUUUUAUGGAGAAAAUUACAAGUGGUUGAAUUAUUAUAAUCAGAAUACAAAAUCUGACAUAUCUGAAAUAAAUGUCAGGUUUCAAAGGUACUGUUACACUUUAUUUGUAAAUAUCUUUCCAUUUGUGCUUUUUUAAAUGUUUUAAAGUAAUAUGCACUGAUAAUAGUUUCAACAGAUUACUUGGAAACAAAAUUCUGAGUUCUGUUUGCUUAUUUAAUUGGAGAUGGAACUUAAAACAGUUCUGUCUUAGACAUUUUUGCACUAAAAUUUUGUUGGAAUGCCCUGUCCCGUUUUAUGUUUUGUACCAAUUACGAGUGCUCCCUAGUUUCUUUACCAGCUGCUACAGUAUGUUAUUACUUACUUCUCUAUGGCAGUGACCUGUGCGAGGUAGGGAACAUCUUGGCUGCAAGUACAAUAAACGUUAUUCUUGUAUGCUACACUAACCCUUCUAUUGAUGUAUUUUUCUGCUUGCUGUGCCUUGUUCUGGCUUUUUGUGCUAAUAAAGUACAGUAUGUUCAGUGUUAUACUUGUAUAUCUGCUCUGUUUUUAUAUAUUCACAUAACCUGUAGCAGUUAACUGAGUUUUUAAUAGGCUUUUCUUAGUCCUUAGUGUAGGUAAUGCACAAAUGCUGUGCAGCUGAAUAUUGGUCAGCACGCCAUGCUCCUGCCUGGGUUUUGUUAUAUUGCUUAUCAGAAACCUGACGGUGUACACCACUGAAUGUUUCUGUAGUCACGGCGAAAUAAUGAACUUGUCUGCAGGCAUAGAGCAUUUUAAAGUUUUUGUAAAGGAUAAAUGUUAAGCAAAAAAUAUUCUAAAAUGUUAUUGAUCCCCUGUAAUAGUUGCUGAACGUGUUUUAGCUUGUUAUAUAGCUAACUGCUAGGCUUAAUAUUUUGAUACUCCCCACUGAGUAAGGAAUGGUUAUUCCUGUAAAUUGACAGUACAGCAGUGGCAUUUGUUCACUUUUAGACUAUUGUAAUAAAUAGAUGUACACACAAACUGGCCAAAUGUCCUGUUUUUACCAAAGAAUACUGUCAAUUUAUGUUGGUAUUUCGUAGUGAAAAAUCAUAGAGUGGAUAGGCACAAUUUCUGUUCUAUCAAAUAUUUAUCCUAAACUAUGAUAAACCAAAGUAUUUGACAACUUCAUCGGAACUUAUGUAGUGUAUACAUUUAUGUUGGUGGAGCUUAAAACUUUUACGUCAACAGUGUCGUCAUUUUUUUUCCUGAAUACACAAUGCACCUAAAGAAGAAUGACUUAAAUAAUUUUGUAAUGACUGGAACAGCACUACAUAGAAGCUUAUACUGAAAGGGGUUAAUCUGAAGCACCCAGGAAGCACUUUAAAACAUGUUUAUAUGCUUGUGGAAAAUCUGUGAUCCUGUUAUGCGUUCUUUGUAGUAGAUGAUCUUUCCUGUGUUAAAACUUCAACUGUUAAAAUGAAACUUUGUUUAAAGUAUAUAAAUACUGAGUUUAUGUAAGCAUGUGUACAAAUGUGCUAAUGGUCACUUCAGUUUUUUGAAUUGUGUGUGUCAUUGGAUAUGCAACUCCUGGUUUAAAACCUGCGUAGAAAGAGGAAAACAGUCACCAGCAUGAAAUUGCACCCAAGUGUACCUUCACCGUGUCAUUCUCACUGUUCCCUUGAUCGGAUCUGAAUUCCAGAUGAGUUUACUUUAAAAAUCUUGCUUUUAAUAUUAGUAUCAUUCAGUCAACCUGCAACCAACUUUUGUCCCAGUGUAGGGGCCUGGUUUCUGUUUAUACCUUUUGCAGUUUAUACCUUUUGCAGUUGCUUGUCAUAAACUAGCUGAUGGGAUUCUAGCUAUAACAUUAUCAACGUGGUCAGGAAUACACAUUCAUUUAGUUUUUCAUCAUGUAGUGAAUCUUUAGAAAAAUAAUGAUAAUAAAAACUAAUCUCAAAUUUGGCUUUCAUUUGUGUAAAUGGUCUUUACAGAGAGGAUUUAUUGCUCCCUCGAGACAGACACGCAGACGCACACAAAUGAGAACGAUGAUAUAUAUAUAUAUAUAUAUCUCUACAACAGUUUUAAAGCUUUGCUUCACUGAAAUAUACAGAAUAACUUGCUAGUGUGCUUAUGCUAAAAAUUACAUAAGCAUACUUUUACAAAUAUAAUGGACUUAAGUUGCAGAUUAUUUUUCUAAUCAAUUAUUUCAUUUAUUUUCAGCUCUGAAGUCACUGAAAUGUUGGUAUGUUGAGAACGCAAAUACUUGGCACCUUUGCUCAAGGACUGCUCUAACUUUAACAUUCUGGUUUUGUGUAGAAAAUCUUACAAAGUCCUUUUAAAAAGAUGGGCACAAGCAGCUAGUUUUCUUACAAAAAGAUUCAAUGUAAUGAUUCUAAUCUAAUCUGUUUACAUGACAGAUAAGUAUUUGGUACUCAGUGAUAUAAAGUGUUCCUUGGAGGUGGUGAUCCUUGCUGUAGAAAGGGCUAUAGGUAGAGCUUACUCGGUGGGCUUGCCAUCCUUAAAAAGAACAAGGUGGUGGUGCUAUGUGGGAAUUCAGAUCUUUGAAUAACUAGCGCAACUUGGUGGUUUUGUUACAUGUAAAUACACACCCCGUAAUACUUCAGGAACUCAGCAGCAGUUCUGCUUUACCAAGAGAUGAAAGUUAUAAUAAUUGUAAUUUCCAUAUAAUGUUACCCUACACUGGAAAAUUGUGUAAAUAGAACAAUAUCGCUAUUGCAGUGACAAUGUGUGUGGAGGGUUUUACUCUAAUUAGAUCACUGUAGAAGACCAUUAUAAUAUUUUUUUUUUUAAAUAGGGCAUUAAAUCUAAAUCUUUUAAGGAUUUUUUUUCAUGUACCCAUGGAAUUGGACCAAUGUAGUCUAUUGACUAUCUGAGGGUCUUUUGUUAUUGUUUUUGAAUCAGUUUUGCAGACAACUCACAACUCUUCUGAAAAUACUCUAAAGGAUAAGGACAGGUCCAAAUAAUUUGCUUGUCAGAAUUAAACUUCUCUUAAGCAAUAAAGACAUCUUUUGCAUUUAUGUACUUAAAAUUUUGUGUGUAUUUGAAGACUUCUAAGUUACACUGUCACUUUGUAAGUAAGAUGCAUACAGUCUGUGAAAGACCUGUGUGUGUAUCUGCGUAACCCCCUCCUAUGCUAGACUUCAUCCUGACAGUCGCUCAUAUUGCCAAGUCUGUAUUCAAGGUUCUGCACGAUUUGAAAGCAAGCAAAUGUUCUGCUUUUCUUUGAUAUAAACGCAGUUUGCUUUAGUCUCCACGUGCAAGCCAGGCUUCUACAAAAUAUUUGCAGAGUGCUUUAAAGCCUGUAUCUGCUGUAAAAUUGCAUGCAUGGCUGGAGGUGUAAAGUCAGAAGGUGCUGAGUACCAUACAGAGUUGAUUCUGCAGGGAGCAUGCUUCUUUUUCUCAAAGCUAACUUGAAAUACAGUAUUUCAUAAAAAUGUAUUAACUGAAUUUUCUGUGAUUGUUUCUAAAAUAGCUAUUUAUCUCUUUUUCAAACCAUAUUUAAAAUGAUGAAAGUACUUUUGAUUCCCAUUCUUCUGCAGUAUGGCUGUGGCAUUGUACGUGCCAAAUCUUGGUCUUCAAAAACCUGCAUGGCCCCUAGAUAGGUAUGUGUGUGUCAGGGAGAUGCCUCCAAGCACGUGUGCAGUGAUGGUCUUUUUUGAAGCUACCUGAAGCACACCAAUAUCCUGAGCAUUAAUAUAUUGAUAUUUAAAAAUAAAUAAAUAAAUCUCUCUAACUUUGUGCCUGCAUUGCAUAUGUUGUAAAUGAAAGGACUACUUUCUUUGUACCUUCACUUGUAAUUAUGUAUCAUAACCUAUAAGCUUGGUGUGUUUUGCUGCUGUUGUCACACUUCCAUAAGCAGUUGUCUCCUGACUGUGACCGAAGGAGACUUCUUUGUUCUUAAUUGCUUUUUUGAAAAAUAUUUUUAGGCACAAAUGAGAUCAGUUGGCUUUUAAAGUGUUAAUUCUUACAAAGCAUGUAAUGACACCAAGUGCUCUCCCUUUCACAAGUGACAUACAAAGAAUCACGUAACUCGGCCAUUGGUUGCAUCUACCAAAUGCAGUUGACUUCAGAUAUCUGAAUUUUAUGCAGUUUUUUUCCUUUUUCAUUAAAAAUACUACUAGCAAGAACUUUGAAAAAGAAAAUAGCUUGAUAUCUUCACAGUAAGAUACUUAAAGCAAAUGUUUUGCUAUGAGGUAAUGAUCUCUGGAAGAUUCUUUUUUAAGAUACUCCUCUUGCUAUGAAUUAAAUCAACAUUUUUUUUUCCAGAAAAGCUUUUUGAUGACUUUAACCUUAUAUUUAGGGAAUGAAAAUAAAUCUGUUCUUCCACUUAAUUUGCUUGCAUGUUGCCAUACUGAUUUAAUAGUAUCUGUUUUAAGAAGCAAAAUUUAAAUCUGUUAUUUCAAUGAAGCAUUGCCAUUUUUCUUGUUUCUAUACACUAUUCCAUUUACAAAUAUUAUACAUAAGUGGGACAUUAACCUGAUGAAGUCUCUCUAAAUUCAUUGUUAUCCAGGUAACUAUUGUGUAUCUACUCUUUAAGCUGGGUAGAUGUGCACUUUGUAAAUAUGCAUUAAAACUUCAGCUGUUAUCAGAUCUUUUAGGGCCAACACAAUGUACUUAUGAGCUGAAGCUUAUGGUGCUCGACCAUUUUUUUUUCCUGUCUUCAGCAGAAAGAAAAAAUACAUAAUUGUGUGUGUGUGAUGUAGGUCAUGUUACAGAUUUACUUGUUAAGCACACAGCUACACUGACAAGCAGAAACAUAUCUGAACUUGCUUGUCAGGAGAAAAGCAAGCUCUGAUUUCUCAGCAGGAUUUCUAACUUGGUGGCACAUUGGCAAAGAGGAAGCAGAAUGAGGUUUUGUUCUUUGAGAAGCUGUUAAAUUGAGCAUUGUGUGCGCUUCCUGUGCGAUAAGGUAUAUUUUUAGAGUCCUGAGAAUUUUAAUAGCUUUUGAAAGAUAGAAGAGUACUUUGCUGCUUUAUCACUUCUUGCUUUCAUAUUGUAGUUUUGCAAAAGCACGAUGAGAGAUUUAUUAAAAAUGAGUAUGUGUAGUCACUAACCGUUUAAGCACUACUUUGUAAUAUCUUUAUGGAGAUAGCAAAUUCUUACAUGAUUAUAUUUAAACUGUUUUGGGAGAAUGAAUAAUGACACUGUGGGCACAAAUUAAUUCAGAUUGCACUAUAAACUUUCUUACCAGAAGCCUUCAUUCUUACAAAACUAUGCGAUCCCCACACAGAAAUCUGUAGUUUCGGUGAUGCGGUCGUUGGUAGGCAUCCAAAAACGCGGCACCCAGAUGGUCCCUGGACCUUUUCCCGACAUUCCAGUUGAAGGGGCCCUGGCAGGCCCACGGGGCACUCGAGGAGUUGGCUCGAGAGCGUGCCAGGCAUCGCCUGGCCACUCUGCGCCAGCAGUGCCACUCGCCCCAGGCCAGCGCCUCGUGUGACGGCGCUCUUCUAGGCCGUGCUGGCUUUGGUGGCUUUUAUCCCACUGCAACUUAAAUGUUCCAUCCUGCCCAGCUUGUCUUUGUUAACUGGUUGCCGAACUGUCUUGCAUCUUAAUAGUGAGAAAAUAAUGUGAUUUAUAGCUACCCAACCAGUGUAUGAAGUAAUAGAUGGCUCUGUCUUAAUAAAUGGGGUAUAAACUAC